ACUUGUGCUCUUGCCGUCUAACAAGAAAAUACUCAUUCACAUAUCAAGAGACGAUAAGGCCUUCCUUAAACGCAAACUUUUAAACACGAACUUUCCUCAAGUAACAGAAAUAUUUAAACAGAAAAGAAAUUCAGUGAUUGUUCACACAGUAUCAACUCAUUCAUUUUAAUUUAUUACCUAAUUGUUAAUUACAAAGUAAAUAACUAUUUUUGUCGUAGUGGAGGCAAUCGCUGCUGUUAUAACAAAUAUGAGUGGACAGGUAAAUUUGAAGGUCUCAGUUUUGGCUGUGAUUAUAUAUUCGAUGAACUUUUUAUUAACUCCAACUUCAAGUGCUGCUAUCAAAAAGGAAAACUUAAUAGAUAUACCAGAAAAUUUUAAAAUGGAUUAUUCCAUAUUCUGCAAUUAUACAGAAUUCAGUGCCGCAUUCCUAGGUCCAGGAUAUAGUCAGUACUUCUUUUCAAAGAAUAUAUAUGAAGUAAAAGGUUCUAGAAUUAAUAAAUUUUCAAGGAAUGACCUUUUCCCUCAUUGCCCAUAUUAUGUAGAUGCUAUGGUUUAUUCAGAAACCACAAAGAAAGCAUAUAUUUUUAAAGGACAUGAAGUGUUUAUCUAUCUUUAUCAAAAUAUGAAAUUUCACUUCCUCAAGCGCAAAAUAUUUGGAAGAGGUUUCCCUAACAUUCCAGAAGCUGCUUUUACUUAUAAGGGAAAUAUAUAUAUCUUAAAAGAUAAAUUUUUAUAUCUAUGGAGUGAAGAAAGGAACACACUUGUUACUGACCAUGUUUUUCCUAUAUCAGCAUUAUGGAAAAAUAUUCCAAGUGAAAUAGAUGCAGUUUUUGAAUCAAGAAAUUCCAACUAUAUAUAUUUCUGGAAAUGGAACAUGCGUCACAUGGUAUAUUAUCAAGUAGAUAACAGCCAAGGUGGAGUUAUCAAGUCAGGAAGCUUCAAGUCUUUCUUUGGAUUUUGUUCUGUAUAAAGUAAUGAUUGCCAAAAUAAGAUUAUAUUUUUGUCACAAAAUCAACAUUAUCAUAACCAUUGGUUAAUAUGUUUGUGAGCCUAAAUCUUUGUUACCAUUCAUGAGAUUAUUUUUGUAAUAUACUCUUUUUUUCUUUUUAACACAAUAAAAUAAAUAGGUCUUUUAUUUUAUUGUGUAAAUGUACAUUUUUGGUUGUACUGCAAUUUAAAUGCCAUCAACCUAAAACAAUAUUUUGAAAAGAGAAACUUUGAAAUUUUUCUCACAAGCCUUGGCCAACAAUGACAAUAAAGGAGGGACCACAAAAAUAGAUUUUAGAUGCUCUGGUUGCUAGAGCAACUUUGUAUAUUUAUAAGUAUUUCAAUAUAUUUAUAAACAUUUCAAAGCUAAAUCUGUCACUGCUGGUACACUAAAUUCUUAAACAGAGCAGCUGGUCUCGACAUAACUUGGAUAUUUCCUCCUUGGCUCAAUGGAGUGUACCACAAGUAAAAACUGACAGCAGUACAAUGCUUCAUUAAGCUUGUGUGUUGCUACAAGAGUAUAUAGAGUGGUGGAGGAAGGAAAAGUAUCCUUGUCUUCAUUAUAUAAGUUUACUAAAUGUGAACUAUUCAAUAACUUUGGAAAUGGGUUGUACCAACUAAAGUCUUUUAGUUUUAUGAAGAUAUUGCCAAGAGGAAUAUGAAGUAAUUAUUCAUGUGGUGAAGUUUGUCAAAAAAGUUAUUUAUUUACAAAA